AUGGGCAGCCUCCUCUUAUGGGCAGCGCUCAACGCGACGACGACGCCCCACCGCCGGCUCACGAAUCGACCAACACGUACCGCCCCAUUGGGACCGGCGCCCAAGGCCAUCGUGCUCUUCACCCAUUUAAGGCGGUGCGGCGGCUCGUUCGUCGAGGAGGCGCUCCUAAAACCGCACGCGAAGCGGCUGGGCAGCAAGCCCUUGUUGUGCAAGGAGGGGGCACUCGCACGGCUCCAGCGUUUAGCGCAUCCUCUAAGGAGGCAGUUCAAGCGGCAGCUCGAGGAGGCACCGUUAGUGUGGAGGCACUGCCCCUUCGGCGCGCACGAGUUACUGAGCGACGAGCGGCCCUACGUCUACAUCACUAUGUUAAGGAAGCCGUUCUCACGCAUGGCGUCGUGGUUCGCCUACUGCGACAAGUACUCGCGGGACAAGUGCCACACGGCACCCUACCAGGUCCACGGUGGGAGCAAAAUCCUCAACUUCUACCAAGCUAGAAAGCGCAAGUACGAUUCCAUAGAACCGUCCAAACUGGAUACCGCGCGCAAUGCGCCGGUCAUCAACGCCCAGACCUUCCACCCAAAUUGGUUGGAGUCUGCGUGGAAAUCAUUUCCCGGCGAUGACGCGGCCGUCCUGGCUCGGUCGAGCGGUGAGGAACCGGCAUUGCCACGCCAUCGAGCAGGCAUCGCGUCGACGGCGUGGAGGUCGACGCGGCGAUUCAGGACGAACGCGCCGUAAAAUUUUGAUUUCCACACAGGUUGGAGUAUGCUUUAGAUGACAACUACGCUUCGAGAAUGGUCGCGGGCGGCGCGUACCACGACGCGCCCGUGCCCGUCGACGGCGGCGCGCUGACGACGGCUCGGCAAAAUCUGCGGACGCAGUACGCGUUCGUCGGGGCGCUCGAGCGCCAGCGCGAGUCGCUCUGCGUUCUCUCGGCGCUCUUGGGCGUCGCCACACCGAAGGCUUCGGGGGACCGGCUGAAGGGCCCGACGACGCAUACGAAGGGGAACGUCCCCGAGGACUUUCGCGAGGCCUUCGCCGCGUACGUCGCGCAGGACGACCAGCUCUAUGCCGAGGCGCUGGAGCUGCUCGACGCGCACGUCGAGGCGUUUCCGCGGUGUAAGAGUUGAUGUCCCGGC